AUUUGGAUGUUACACAAUUGUUUCGUUCGCAUAGUACUUGGUGGCUCUUCUAGUGCUGCGCAGCGCAGAUCUCACAACAUGGUGAUAGGCUACUCACGACAGUAGAUACUCGCCUACACAUCUGUAGAUCAUUGGAAACGCAGCUGCUCGUGUAACUGCUGUGAAACAACCUUGCAUACCUCACUGACAGCAGACAUGGCCGACAAGACGCCGCUGGAGUCUGUUGCUCGCGUUGCGACCAGGAUAGACCCGACAAAAGAGGGUCUUUCUAUAGAUCAGAUUCAUUUCAUCCGACAGGUAGAGCUCGAACAGUGGAAGAAGAAAAUACAUAAGCUGCGGACACGAAAUGUUGUGACGGGUCUCGCCAUUGGAGCACUCGUUGUGGGAAUUUACGGCUUCACAUUUUACUCAGUCUCCCAGGAGAAGGUCAUGGAUGAAAUGGAUGAGGAGGCCAAGCGUGCCAGACUGCAGGCCCCAAAGAACGGUGCCAACUGAGACGCAUGCGUCGCCUGUUGUCAGACUGUUUGUUCGUCCUGCACUUAACUGAGAAGGGACUUAUGUGGACACUGACGCCACUGAUUUAUAUUCCAUGGCUGGCCGCUGUUUUUCAUGUUGAGAAAACAGUGGACUUUGUUUUUUGUUUGAAGGUGAGGUUCUGCUGCUGACUUAUAGCUAGACGUGUCUUUGAUUAAAUUUGCCUGUCAGGGGAAAGGAAUACUCCACUGGGCUUUAAUGUUACCCAGAAGGCCAGACUGUAGAGUAACUAUAACCCGUACAAGUUUCCAGACCAAUCAUGUGAUGUGCAUACAGUUCAAGGGGAAUAUCCUAAACUUCAGUCAACUAAUGUUCUAUCUACAGUGGCCUUUUAACGGAGAAAUGCCAGUGACACUGCAGAAAUGACGCUCGGAUGAACCUGAAACAUUUAUGUCGAUGAUUUGUAAAAUAAAAAUCUAAUGUAUUUGAUUUUGUUUUCAACACAAUUAUGUCUGUAACUGUUUAUGUGAGAAAAGACACACCGGGUGAAGCAGUAAAGAUGACAAAA